AUUGUGCCUGUCUACAAGGCUACAACUAUUAACUAACUAUACAUAAUGAAAAUUUUCCUUAAUUUAAGUAAAGCCGAGAAUUUCUCAUGGUUUAGGCUCCCUGGAUUCUCUCUUUCAUUUUCUCCUCCUUCAACGCCCUUCUUCUCGACCUUUAAUUUGGUUUCAACAAUUUUUUUUUUCCUUUUGGGCGCUGAAGACAAGGGUUUUCUCAUGGUUUUUUUAUUUUGCUUCUUUCCUCAAUGAUUAUACGUGCCGAUAGAUUAUAUUUUACCAGGCUGAGGAGAUAAAAAGGAGUUGAAGUUGGAUGGGUAUAGGAUAUUGAAACACACAAUUUUUGUCCGUGUGGGGAGGGACAUAUUAUUGAUUUUGUUGCAUUUUGGUCUCUGAACAUAUAUAGAAACAUUAGGAUUGUGAUUGAGAUAUAUAGAGAUAGGAAAGGAACGAAAGAGGGAAUUAAUUAAAGAGGAAGGUAGAAUUGGGGAAUGUCAGAAUCGGGGGGUGCUUCUUCUCCGCCAGCGAUGUCAGGCUCCUCCCCUCCUGCAAGCGGCGCUGGCAACGAAACCAACAAGAAUACACCAACAGCACCCUCUCCGACUUCAACGUCAACUUCAUCAUCACCUCCUCCUCCUCCCGAUGAUUCUUCAAAUAACCAGUCAUCUUCAGAAAAGAAGUCACCUGAAACCUCUCCACCCCCUGCGCCACAGGAAAAAGAAUCACCCCCGCCUCCAUUGUCUUCUUCAACGCCAUCAUCCUCCAAACCACCUCCUAGCCCUCAAACUCCUAAACAGCAGCAAUCACCGCCAGCGACACCUCAAACGCAAAACCCUCCUCAGCAGCAGCAGCAGAAACAUCAAUCACCACCAGCUCCCAACACCCAUUCUAAGGAAUCAUCUCAGUCUUCGUCGGGAAGUUCUUCUUCUUCCUCUAGUUCUCCAGAUAAUUCCACCAAAAGUAGUCCUUCACCACCCCGACCUUCACCCGGAACCUCACAAUCACAAUCUUCAGCCAACUCCACUUCAUCGUCUCCACAAAUAUCUUCAUCUGCUCCAGCAAAUGGAUCUUCUACUACAUCAUCGUCUACUUCUUCUCCUAAAGCAUUAGGCCCUACGACUCUAAGUACAUCAAAAAGUACCAGCUCUAACUCAAGCGAUGAAUCCUCCCCUUCAGGAGGCUCCAAUAAUAGUAAACAAAACAAUGUUAGUGGUCAUGACAAAACUCUCAACUAUGAAGGUGUAAUUGCUGCGACGGUGGUGGGUGUUUUGGUGGUUGUAUUCAUUAUCUUGUUUUUUUAUUUAAGGGGAAGAAAGAAGAACCGAAAAAGUCCCUAUGCUAAUUAUAACAGGCCACCACCGACUAACUUUUUAGUGACAUCAGGUAUAUAUAAACGUGACUCUCUCUUUUUUGUGUGUGGUGUGUUAAUUUUUAGUUGA